AUGGCCGAAGCGUUGAGCAAGAGGUUCGGCGCAGGUAAUUUUCGGGUUCUGGCUCAGGAUCCAAUUUACUCCACAUCUAGGAACGCACCAGUCGCUCGCCAUGGAAUCAAGGCCAUAGGGGACCAUGGUGCCGCGGGGUUCGGCGAUAUUGUCAAGCAGACCAUCAUGUUUUCUUUUUAUCCCGAAAUUAAUGUCCGGGAGCUCUUCGCCGAUAUCAUGAAGCUAGCGGCUAUUGUCAUCACCCGACUGUGGGAGACCAAGCAGAGGGACCACAAGCUAGGCUUGAAGAGUGGUUAUGAGAGAACUAACACUGCUACAGAGUGA